GCUCCCUGUCGGACGUUUCCUUCACGGUGAAACUGAACCAACAGAUUAAGAGUUAGUUUGAGGAUGAGCUGAAAGAAGAAUAAGCAAGACUCUCAGACAGCAUCAGAGGACCAAUCAGAGUGAGCCUCACCUGUCCCUCUACAGGUAUGAAUGUGAUGUCAUCAGUGAUGCGGGGGGCCCGCCGGCUCGUCCUCGUGGACUCGGCUCUGUUCAGCCACUUCCUGUUUCCGCCCGUCCUCCGUCCGGCUCGAAGCUCCGCCCCCUUGCUCACCUGUGAACAGAACAGGAAGUUCGCCUCCAAACAGGUAAAAGAUCAAAGGAACCAGAAGGUCAAAGCUAAAGUGGACAAACAGGAAGUGGAGAUCAGACGGAGGAUGACGGCGGCAUCUCUCGCUAAGGCCAUGAACAAAGACUUUGACCACGUCUUGGAGGCUCUCCUGAACACCUCUAUGGAUGUGGACUCUCUGGAGCUGGACUUGGUUCUGGAGGAGAGGUGGAUUAAGGAGGUGGUGACUCGGUCGGGGAUGAAGUUCAAAUGGGCCAAACUGAGUGAGAGCAGAGAGAGACCCAACAGGGACGUCCAGAGGAGACCUCCAGCUGACCUGUCUCUCCUGAAGCCCCGCCCCCCGGUGGUCACCAUCAUGGGCCACGUGGACCACGGUAAGACCACCCUGCUGGACAGUCUGAGGAAGAGCCAGAUCGUCUCCACGGAGGCCGGAGGGAUCACUCAGCACAUCGGAGCUUUUCUAGUUCAGCUGCCUACAGGUGAGAAGAUCACCUUUCUGGACACUCCGGGUCAUGCUGCCUUCUCCUCAAUGAGAGCCCGCGGAGCCAACGCCACCGACAUCGUCGUCCUGGUGGUGGCGGCCGACGACGGCGUCAUGAACCAGACAGUCGAGUCCAUCCAGCACGCCAGGAGAGCCAAAGUUCCGAUAAUAGUGGCGGUGAAUAAGUGUGAUAAACCUCAGGCCGACCCUCAGAGAGUCAAACAGGAGCUGCUGGCUCAUGAUGUCGUCUGUGAGGAGUUUGGAGGAGACGUUCAGGCGAUCCACGUCUCUGCUCUCAAGGGCGACAACCUGCUGGCUCUGGCCGAGGCCACGGUGGCGCUGGCCGAGGUUUUGGAGCUGAAGGCGGAGCCUAGUGGUGCCGUGGAGGGACUCGUCAUCGAGAGUCGCACCGACAAAGGCAGAGGUCCUGUAACGUCGGCCAUCAUCCAGCGGGGGACUUUGAGGCGAGGUUGCGUCCUGGUGGCGGGGAAGAGUUGGGCUAAAGUCCGUUUCCUAUUUGACGAGAACGGGCAAGCGGUGACGGAGGUCGGGCCGAGCUCGGCGGUCGAGGUGGUGGGCUGGAAAGAGCUGCCGUCUGCUGGAGACGUCAUCGUGGAGGUCGAGUCUGAGCAGCGAGCAAGGGAGGCGGUGGAGUGGAGGAGUCACGCAGAGGAGCAGGAGAAGCUGCAGGAGGAGCAGAGCGUCAUCGAGCUCAAACAGAAGCUCCACCUGGAGGAGUACAGGAAAGAGAGGGCGGGGCUAAGUCACCUGAGCUGGAGGCAGAGGAAGUCGGCUCUGUACCGAGCCAACAAGAACAAGUUCGCCGUGAGACCGAGCGAGAGGACGCAGAGAGACGAGCUGAGCCUGCCGCUCAUCAUCAAAGGUGACGUGGACGGCUCGGUGGAGGCCAUCCUCAACAUCCUGGACGGUUACGACGCUGAGCAGCAGUGUCAGCUGGAGGUGCUUCACUUCGGCAUCGGGGACGUUUCAGAGAACGACAUCAACAUGGCCGACACGUUCACAGGUUCCAUCUACGGCUUCAACGUCGCAGCCAGCAGGUCCGUCCAGCAGCUGGCGGCGCGGCGCGGCGUCCCGCUGAGACUCCACACCGUCAUCUACAAGCUGAUCGACGAACUGAAGGACGAGCUGAGCAGCAAACUGUCUCCGCUGCUCUCAGAGAACAUCGUCGGUGAAGCGACGGUUCUCGCCAUGUUUGACGUCUCCGUGGGGAAGAAGAAGGUUCCUGUUGCCGGCUGUCGGGUUCAGAAAGGUCAGCUGGACCGCCGACUCAAGUUCAGACUGAUCCGAGGCCGAGACACCGUCUGGGAGGGUUCUCUGGUGGCGUUGAAGCACCACAAAGACGAGGUCCAGACGGUGAAGUUGGGGAUGGAAUGCGGUCUGUCGGCCGACGGAGACGUGGACUUCAGGUCCGGUGAUGUCAUCGUCUGUUUCGAGGCGCUGGACACUCAGCAGGUCACUUCCUGGGACCCCGGCUUCUAAACAUCACUUCCCAGCAUGCUCUGCUGCACAAACAGACUUAACUCGUGUAAAAUGUAAUAAUUUAACUUUGAUGUAAAAUUGUAUUUGUGUUUUGGACAUAAAUCAUCUGCAACAUGUCACUUCCUCUCGCACCUUUAAAAGCUGAAACGAGGUCUGGUGGUCCUGGUCUCGUGGGUUAACUGGGACACUUUGUCCAAUAUAACCAGUCCAAACCAAACAAGUUUUUUGUUUCAGAAACAUUUUUAAUACAAAUUUAAAUCAGACGGUUACACGAUUCAAAGAGGACGAAUCCUCAAUCAGUGUUCGUCCUUCCUGUUAAAAAGCCUCAAAUAAAGUUACAGAUCAACAUUUAAUCAGAGUGGAGCGAAUAUGAAGCUAUUAAAGAGGCGACUGUUCCUUUAAGAGCCGGCCCUCUUCACUUCCUCUUGGUCUUGGCCGGUCUAGCGAGCAGCGCCGGGUUGAUCUGAUCUGGUCUCAGGUCUCUGAUGGAGAAGAGUCUUUGAGCGCGCUCCUUCAGCGUCCCCCCACACUUCAACCCCCGAGACAUCAGUUCCUCCUUCAGGACCUCCAGACCCAGAGACUCCAGAUCCACCAGAGACCGACCCACCAGAGACCGACCCGGAAUUCUAGGGGUCUCUGGUGUAGCGGUCUGGUCUCUGGCUGUCUCUGGAGGACCCGGGUCCUCUGAGGGUCUGACGCUCUGGUCUCUGGGGGUCUCUGGAGGACCCUGGUCCUCUGAGGGUGUAGCAGUCUGGUCUCCGACGGUCUCUGGAGAACCCCGACCUCCUGCAGGUCUGCUGGUCUGAGGAGCUGAGGAGGCGUCUGAGGAGCUGCAGGAGACGAUGAUUUUAGUAAAUGUGUGCUGGAUCUGGACCCUAGAGCAGGGGUCAACGUUUUUCAGGCCAAGGACCCCCAAACUGAUAGAGAGAUGGAGCAGGGACCCCCGGCUAUAU